AUGAAGGCGUUUCUCAACCGUCUCAACCGCGGCCUCACAGGCAGCAAGGAGAAAGAGCGAGAGAACGAUGCACCCACCCCGAAGGAAAAGAUACCCCAGCUCCCUCCCCUUCCCGACUGGCCGCCCCAGCGCGUCACCUCCACCCCCAACUCUGUAAAUUCCUUCAAGCCCCUCCCCGAAAUCAACACGCGCCCUUUGCCGCCAAUCGAAGAGCCUUCGUCGUCAUCUACCGACUCCUCCGUUACCACCACCCCAAUCGCCGUUAAUCAAUCCCUUCCCAGUACAGACACGAAGGAAAACGUGCCCGUGGCGAAGCCUGCGUCGUCCACCCCGCAGCCUUCGCGCUCAGAGCCCGAUUCCGCUGGUCGCAGCUCGCGCAAGAACGCGAACGGGACCAGUCACAGCACAGACGCGCAGAAGAAAGUUGCCUUUAUAUCUCCCCCUCCCACACCAGGGCCUGCUCAAGAUCGUGGCCUUCCUGCCGCAGACACCCCGACACCGCCAAGCACAGGCGUAAAGUCUACCGUAUCACGCUUCCACGCUGCUCAUGGCAAGGAGACGCGUGGGUCCACUUCGACUGCAGCCUCUUCACGCACGGAUGUCUCCUCCACCCUGAAGUCUAACAAGGCGGCUUCCACGCGGACAGCAACAUCCCCGUACCCUGGCAAGAACUACGGAGAGACUGCCUCCCUCCACCAGUCACUACGCUCUGGCACCCCAUAUUCCUCCAUGAGCAACACCGGUAGCCGUAUUCUCGCCGCGCAGUCAUGGAGUGAAGGCGCAGAGGAGGAUUUGGUGUCGAAUCUUGGUCAGCGGGAACGGACACGACAAGAAGUCCUGUGGGAGAUCGUUGCUAGUGAGGAGCGAUAUGUGAACGAGCUUCUAAAGAUGAAGGAGACCUUCAUCGAGCCCCUACUACACCCUUAUGUGGUCACUUCCCCAGUCUCCUCGCCAACCCUAGACUUUGACGACUACGCGCGCGCUGAUACCCCAAGAGAAUCCCUGGACUAUCUCCCCAUUGCCGCCCGGUUCCUAGCAUCCCCGACUGGCGAGCGCUCGGAAUCCCCCUUACAGAACGCGCCAGCCCGAAAAGAGGAUAACCACCCCAAUAUCGACGGCGAGUCCAUGAACUCUGCCGAGGAGGACGAAGCGGAGGACCGCAUGGGCGCGACCUACCAAUCAUCGCGCCAGAAGACCGUUGCUAUGUCCAUGGCAGCUAAGCACAACCAUCCGCGCUCCCCUUACGGUACAGCUGCGGCUCGUUCGGGUCCGAGUAAGUUCGGGAUAUCUGUGCCCUUCCCUUCAAGGUCGCAUCAGUCACUUCCGCCUCCACCUCGGACCAACGCUAUGACGUCCUCGACGCAAUCGCUCGGUCGGCAGUCGUUUAUCGCGGACAGCCAUCGGGAUCGGGACCACCCGCCGUCGAUGCGAACAACGGGCACUGGCACGACCCGUGUGCUGCGGAAGUUCAAGAAGAGCAACCCCAAUCCUGAUGCUAUCGUACACGGCGCAGUUGCCCCGGCGCAGCUACCUGAGGAUCUCCGGAAGUGCUUGGAAGUCAUCGAGGAGGGUAUAUUGGAUGGCCAUAUCCGUCUCAGCGAGGGUCUCCGGAAACGAUAUGAGGAGCAGUACCCUUUGGUCAGGUCACUUGCGGAUGUAUUCGUAUCGAAUGCGCACAUACUGCACGGCUACGCGACAUAUGUCUUGCACUUGGAGCGCGCGCUUGAGCAGGUCGACAACGCCCUUUCGGCGGCGAGCGCGAGCAAGAAGCCCAAGAAACAGGACGCGGACCAGUGGGUCAAAAUCACUCAAUACCUCCAAAAGCUCGAGAUCAGCGCGUCCGAAAAGGGCGAGACCGGGCUCGCGAUUUCGCUCUCGAAGCCGUUCCAGCGGUUGCUCAAGUACCCGCUACUUUUCCAGAACUUGCUCUACCACACCGACCCGAGUACGUUCGAGUACGAGAGCACACUGCAGAUGGUCGCGGAGGUCGAGACGAUCGUCCGGAGUAUCGAGGACGAGAAGAUCCAGAAGGAGGAGCGCGACAAGACGCGCGACGUGUUCGCGCGUAUCGAGGGCCUCGAUAAGGUCAAGCAGCUCAUGGUGCCGAAACCCUCAAGAGUGCUCGUCGAAGAGCGCCCGCUCACCGGCGUGAAUCCGUUGACGGAUUCCUCGCUCAAGCCAUCAUCGUCACCUCCGCCAACAUCUGGGAACCCGAAGAACGUAAAGGGCAAGACGUCCUUCAAGCGGUUGAGCGAUGUGCUCCAGUCGAACAACAAUGGUAUCGGCGGCAAGAAGGACUUGUGGCUGGUCGUUUUCAACGACGUCGUCCUGCGGUGUCAACGAACGGGCACGACGUCGUUACCGUUGGUAUCCGCGACGAACUCGAGGACGAACUCGCUACCUGAGCUACAGGGCAAGGCGAAGUACGCUACCACGGGCCGGAGGACUGCGCACACGAAGCCGCGCAACAUGUACAAGUUCCUCAAGAUCGAAACAUGGGCCAUUGGUGACGUCGUACAGCCCCGAGAAGGUGUCGUCUCCAUGGAAGAUGUCGUCAGGUCACGACAGCAAGUUCAUUCCGGCGUACAACCACGCCUCGUGCCCAUGCCCGACGAUGACGAGGAGGGCGCCGAGUCCGACGACUCGGAUCGUAAGAGCAAGAUGAGCUUCUCCUAUUGGGGCGCGGACAAGGUGACGCUCCAGAAGCCCGUCGUCGUCAAGCCCAAGGCCCCAAUAUCGAACGGCGCGCGCCGCCCGGCCGCUGGAGCAGGUGCGACCACAGCCUACGCACGCGAGUCCUCAGCCAAUGCAAAGUUUGGCACGCGCAUGGUGUCGACAGAAGUCACACAUGCGCCUCGCCCCGCAAGUCGGCGCACCCAGGCGACCCCCACCGUGCGCAAGGUCACUCCACACUCGGACGAGGGCCACUCCGUCAAGGUGACCGUCACCCGCGAACACCGACCGGGAUGGGACAGCAGCACCCGCUCGCCCGCGGCGACGCCUGUGCCCGCUGGCAAGCGCACGCGAAACAUCUCCCAGACGAGCGGGGCCACGCGCGUCACCACCACUCCGGCUACGACGAGCAAGACCCUGGGGUCGCCCGCACCAUCCGAGGAUUCGGGAGUCGGCUUCAUGCGCACUAUCGUCUCCCAGGACCCGUCUCUGAACCGCCUGAUCCCAUAGACAAUGCAUUCUCUCAUGCUCGUCCCCCCGCCCUCUUCCCCAUCUCCACCUGUGUCGUCGUCGCCGUCUGCUCCCACUCCACUUGUUCAUGCACUUUUACGUUUCUUCACGCUUCCACGGGAAUACUUUACGACCAACUCUGUUCCAUCUCUAUGAUCGCAUGCGCACGGGCCGUUUCUAUCGCGCUGAUAUGCUGUUCUUACACUCAUCCUUGUUUUCACUCAUCUCAUCUCACAUCUCAUCUCACCUCGCUCGCCCCAAUGUCCAUUGUCACCCCCGAGUACCCAUAGUUGAUAAUACCGUAUCACUCCUUAUUUCUUUAUUCAUGCAUGCGUCCGCUAAUUAUCACACGCGCUCCCACUCUCGUUGUGCUGUCCAUGUUCCGACCCUAUCCCCGCCCGCCCCCGUCGUGCCGUCCUCUCCUUACGCAACCCCCGUACACAUGGCUUUCCCGCUCCCCGGCUUACCCCUCACCCUCGACAUCCGUGACCUGUCCUGUCGCACGACGAUGCAUCACCC